UUGAAAGACACUUCAUCUCUACUGUCAAAAGCUAUUAUCUCAUACCAAACAUUAACUACUAAACAUCUACACAAUCACCAUGUCAGUCUCUAGUCAGCUUGUGCCAUUAAGGGUCACAAUUAGCCCUAGUAAUAGUCACUACAUUUACUUUCCUGCCGAAAAAGACCACAAUGGCAGAGACGUAAGACGACUUAUAAUUUUCAGGGAGUCGAAGGUUGAAUAUGUAAACGCUGAUCAAGUUAAACCACAAGAUAGCGAGAAAGUCAAAUGCUAUAUCAAAGUCGGCACUAAAUCCAAGGAUUUCAUCAAUGAAUCGACAAAAGAGGGAAAAUAUCUUUCUGAAAAGCACAAUCCUAAGAAUAAAAUGAAUCGCGUAAUGGAUGUUUGGGCGUCGAAAGGCUGGGUUUUUGAUGCUGACGGCAGACCUCUGCCAUCUUCUCUCCCAGCUCCAUCUGAACAGUCAAGGACCAAUACUGACGCGCCGAAAGAUCCUAAAGAGAAGAAAAAGCUCUUUGGUAAUACUCUCCCACCUCUAACAAAAGAACAAAUAGCCAAAUGGGAGGCGUCAGGAAAAGCUAAAGAUAGUACAAGCAUCUCUAGUAAUCUCCCAACUUCGUCUAAACCGACAAACGACAAUAGAAAAAGAAAGGACAAAAAGGUGGGACCCUUUUUGGUGUCAGAUAGUGAGUCCGAUGCCGAUUCUUCAUUGGUCUCGCAAAAACCUACGUAUCCAAAGUCUGCAGUAGAUAGCAAAACGAAAAAGGUGAAGGCAGAAGAAAGAACAGCACAGGGAAAACAGCCAAUCAGGAAUGAGAUAUCAAAUAAAGCUGGAGAUAGUAGAAGAGUCCCCAAUCCUCUCUCAACUUCAUCUAAACCAAUGGACGCCAGUGCCUCUAGACGGGGACAUUUCGAGGUGUUAGAUAGUGACUCCGAUGAGUCUUUAUUCGUCUCACAAAGAAACCCCACGCAUUCAAAGUCUGCAGCAGGUGACCAGACGAGAAAGGCGCCCAAGAAUCCUUUAGCGAAGAAAUUGUUUCCAUCGGACGAAGAAGAUAAUUCCGCAUCUUUAGAAUCGCGCCCUAAGUCAAAAGCCACAGGAGGCAAAACUAUAGAACCUCCUAAGCCUGCCAAGAAGACGACGACGAAUCCUGAUCUAGCGGGCGACAAGUCCAAAAGAAGAGAGGGAGGUGGAAGAACAAAGCCCGAGAGUGUUAGAGCGACUGAAGAAUCGAGUCGUGGAACCGCAAAGAGGCGUGAUGAUCGUAGUCUAAGCAGAAGCAGACCUGCUAAGAAGCCUGAAGUCCAGCGACAAGGCGAAGACAGUUCCUGCACUUCCUCUGGUCCACCCAAAAAAGCAGCAGUAAGGCAAGGAGUAGCAGUAAGGAAAGCAAGCACGAGCACUGGUAAAAGUAGUUCAUCCAGAACACGCACUGGCAAUGAGCUUGCAUCAAACACAGGCGUAUAUUACAAGUCUAAGGGUGAAUACACCUCGGGGAGAAAAACUUGGUCUGAUGAAGAGAUUGACCCAAACAGACCACCAACAGAAAAGGAGCUACAAGACAUGGAGCUAGAAGAUGCGGAAAAGAUGUGGAAAAAGAAGCAUGGAACAGUGCUUUAGUAAAAUCGAGCUCGGAUUACAUAGAAACAAAUGGACGGGAUAAAAAUCGACGGUCAUGGUGGGAUAAUAGGUAGGGAAGCAAAUAUAUAGAAAGGAAAUCAACAAGUAUACUGGGGUCACUUGAAUUAUAACAAAUUGAAAACAAAUUCCAUACAG